UGAACGGAGCGAAAGUGCCGUCAGUUGUGUCUGCGACUAAUUUGCAGUUUUUAGUCUGUUUCUUGUUCAAUUUGUGGUGUUAUAAAUCGAUCAAAAAUGGAGUAGUCCUGCUGAAUGCGAUAGCCUGGUGUGCAAGGAAAAGGCUUUAAGCCGAACUUGGAAAAUUAAGUUUAGGUUUUUUUUGUUUGGUGAAAAAACGACCAGGAAAAGUGAUGCAAUAAGAUCUAGUGGCGUCGGUUUAGUGGUUGGUAAAGAUAGUUUGCAAUAGUAGGCCAUAUAGUUUUAUUUUUGCCAUUUCGACGUAGUUUGCUGUGUCGAAAGAUUUUUAUUUCGAAUGUGAUAAAAAGCUAGCAAGCUAGCUGAGAACGGUUCAGAAGCCAUUUUUGUGUUCCUAUUUCGAACGGAACGAAGCAGCAUCAAGCAGGCAAAGAAGGAAGUUUUUUGUUUAUGGAAAAUUGCAGAAAGCUGAAAAAUCUUGCACGAACACAGACGAAAGCGAUGCUGCCGUGAAAGUACGCACGCAUACAACGAAUUGAAGAACCCUUAAAGUGUUCGAACACUGGGUGUAGCGAAGAAGGAGUGACGACAAGGGUUAAAUCGUGACGAGAGAAGUUCAAAGCCUUAAAGAGAAGCUACUAACAGUAAACGAAAACAACAUAUAAUUGUGGAAACAGUACGCAGAAGUGUUAGCGACCUCUAGCAGUCUGCGAUAGUCAGCCAAAGGUGAAAGUUGACAACUGUAACAUCUGUGAUAUAUGUGUAGAUAUUAGUUUCAAUUAAUAUAUAAGAUUUACAAAAUUUCGACACUAUCGUAACGAAACGAAGCCAGAAGAGUUCAAAUUCCAACCGUUCAGUAGUUUAUACAAACUCCAGUCUGGAGAGCGAGACAACGGCUUGGGUCCAGAUUCCAAAGAUACUUUUUUUCCAAUAUCCAUCAACGUUGCCAUCACCGUGACCUGCGUUAACGGUCAAAUCUCUGGGAAAUUAAAAAAAAUCUCGCGCACCCACAUCAUAAUAUAGCAUCGGUGCUGUCCGACAUUCCCGUUCGUGUACAAACAUCAGUCCCUGUACGGUACAAGGUCUUCAAAAACCGAUAUCAACAAACAGAACAAACAUAAUCGCGUCAGUCCAGCGUCCAUGUGUGUGUAAAUUUAACAGUACGAACGAAUGGAAUAAAAGUAUCAACAGCGUCGGUGGAAAAGCGUUGCGCAUCCAAGACGAAGUCCGUCAUCAGCUGAGAUAGCUGUGCACCAAUACACGAACACAUUCCAUGACAAAAUACGGCCGUGUAGUAGUGUAGCCGACCACAUCGCAUCAGCAGCAGAGCCCCUUAGCUGGCUGAAGUCUCCACACGGUUCGUCAUUGUAGAAUCUAAUCCCGAAUCGAAUAGUUCUUUGUUACUGACAUUGGGGUGAAGCAAAAGUGAGAGCCACAAUCACGGAAGCAUCCGGGUACUAGGCCAGCCCUCAGUAUGUCUGUCCCUGUACGCUGCUAUUCGGUCGAUACUAUGAACAACAACAUCGGUCAGCAACAGCACGUCGACAUCAGCACUGACAGCGCCCGAAUGGAUGACGACGAGUCGAUGAUGCUGAGCAAAGUUCAAGUAUCCGAGGAGAUGCAACAAAAUCAGCGGAUGUUGUUAGAGGGCCGGCUUGGGACACCGGAUGCUGCUGAUGCCGUUCUUAUGGCACCACCGGGCGAUCAGAUGAGCAACUAUCACCUGAUGCAGUCCGGUGCGUCCACCAACAAUGACAGCCACCUCACCGGAGGUGGGCCAACAACGGACUUGGCUGGUGCCAAGUCGCUAUCCCCGCAAAAACAAUCACUAUCGGCGUCAUCGCCGCAGCAUCAUGCCCAGCAGCAACCCGGGCUGUCGUUCGAGCAGAUGAUGGCCAAGCUGAGCGAACUGCUCGCCUUGGAGCCCAAGUACCAGCCGAACCUCUACCUGCCUCAGCAGUCAUGCAAUGGAGAGAUUACUAUCGGUACCCGGGAUGGCGCCGCCCAUGUGCUGCGCUGCCUCAAGGUCUGGUACGAGCUGCCGAACGAUGUCCUGUUCGCGGCCAUUAACUUGGUCGAUCGCUUCCUGACCAAGAUGAAGGUACGGCCCAAGCAUAUGGCCUGCAUCUCGGUCAGCUCCUUCCAUUUGGCGGUGCAACAGUUGACCCUGCCGCAGAUCGACACCGAGGAUUUGGUUGCUAUUUCACAGUGCCGUUGCACGUCACGUGAUCUAGUACGUAUGGCGGACAUUGUUGCCAACAAACUCGGUGUCCAAAUGAGCUGCGCCCCAGUAACGGCACUUGCCUUCAUACGGCUGUUCUACUACAUCUUCGAGAACGCCGCCAAUGCCCUGGGACUGACCGACAUCUUUUCGUCGGCCGUCUCACUGGCGGAUCUGGAGAUGCGCCUGGAGAUCCUGGCCUGUGAUGCUAGCUGUGCUAGCAUUCGCCCCUCGGAACUGGCCCUGGUCAUGAUCUUCACCCAGAUGGAUGCGCACGUCAGUGCGAACAAGGAUAACGGGCUGUACAACCAGCAGAUUCACGAUCUGGUGGAUUAUGCCAUUCAGCUGCAAAAGUUCUGUCGUAUCCCGGACAGCAGCUUCUUCUACAGUCACAGUAUUGUCGCGAAAAUUCUGUCGCAGUACAACGGACAGCACAAGAUGCCGUACAAACAGCGGCUGGUGUGGAAAUUGUCGUCCCGCACCAUGAAGGUGCUGCGUCCGACGGACAAGCUCACCUCGUACCUGCCCACGAUCGCGGAACAUCACGCUCAUAACAGUCACGUUAACAAUAAUAAUCUUAGAUUUAGAACCGGCAGCGUCAGCUCCGAAGACGACGGCGAAGAUUGGCCCACUUCACCCAUUGUUGCAGUUUGUGAACAGUUUGACGAGUAAAUCGACCCCCGCCCCACCGGCGCACAAACGGCGUACAAGCGCGAGUGUUAGUGAACUAAAGUGCCGUGCAACGCGCCAUCUAUUUCUAAUAUCAGGAACCCCCGUGAGAAGUACUACACCAACAACUACUACUUCUAGUAAAAUUAUUAUUGUUUUGUUAAAUUUGGUUGACCGCUGCGCAACACCACCUGCUAACUGGUGAGCAGCUUUAUGAAAACAAAAAGGACACGUGACUAAAUAGAGUUGAGCAAAAGUGAGACGAUUGAAAACUGUGUACGUGUGUUUUCUUUUCUGAAAGAAGACACCGGCUGAGAAAGAGACUCUUGAACUUUUGUGGCUGAUUUAAAUAGUGAUCAAAGCGACGGAUAGUGGACAAGCAUUCUACAGUGCACACCUGACCAGCCGACAACAGAAAAACAAAAACAGUGGCCGGGUGAAAGGACAACUGUAUGCUGGAUUCUGUGCGAGGAAUCACCAACAUUACAACACCCAGUCUAACACUCAAACAAGCACACACAUACGCACACGCUAGCUUGUUCGCUCGCUCGUUCGAUCAGAUCUACUUGCGAGGUGGGAGACUGUAGUACGACGAGGACGGAAAAGCCCGCCGCAACUUUUGAAGGACAUCGAGGCGACGGGUGUGCGUGCGCGCCAGUGUAAGCAUUGUAUUUUAACUGUUUUGAUUUUUACCUAGAGCUAAUUAAAUACAGAUUUAAUUAAUCUAAGCCAGUUAAAACAAAAUCCACACAAAAAAACGCGAACAAAAUCAUUGGAAAAAACUACAAACAAAAAAGAUUAAAAGGAUAAAAAGCAUAAAAGAAAAUCAAAAAAAGUACAAAAUAUACAAAACGUAAAAAAAUCUAGGACAUAGGUGUUUAACGCGUAGGUCGAAGGCAGAAAGAACAGCAGAUCAAGAACGAGAAUUAUAUUCGACAGGCUUAAAAGCAGAGAGGAAAGGAAAAAAGACUUGACCGCCAAUUCAUCUGUUUAGAGACGAACAUAAAGAAAAAAUCUCACAAACCUUACCGACGCCUGUGAAAAAGAUUCAGCAGUGCGAACGUUUUGCAACAAAUUAACGAAAAAAAUCAUUCAAUAAGCCAGUACUGAUUGUGUUAUUAGAUAUUUUACGCAGUAAAUCAUACGAAAGUGAAGAAAUAUAACAGUUAAAACGCUAAGCUUGUGUGAUUUUUGUAGUAGAGUUUCUCUCAUUUCCAUUCUGCUACGAAACGGAAUCCCAGAAAAAAUAGAAAUAGCCUGAAAUUGGAUUCUCGAUUUGAAUCAGGCAGAUAAACACUGAAAAUCGAACUAAGAUUCGAUAAAGGCAAACGUUUAAAACAACAGAAAAAAUACAAAAAACAGUAAAAGUGUGAAAGUCAAAAAAUAAUUUCAUUCUGUGUAGUAGUGAAACUUUGUCUAAUCGCUUUCUCAACAAAUUAAAAAAAAUAAUACAAACCGAUCCGCUGUAACCAAAUAUAAAAGAAACAAAAGGAAAAUUGUAGGCAACUACAGAUAAGCCAUUAGUAAAUCAAUCAACGCAUCAGAUCAGCAUUAAUUAAAACAAAAUUCCCUUACCCUUUUGUAUUUCAACGUUGUCGUAGUAAUAAUUGUGUGAGAGAAAGAUAGAGGAGAGAGAAAUCGGUCAACAAUUCCAACCGCAGAAAAAAGCAAACAGCCGAGAGCAAAACGAAACUGGAAAAUCUCUUUUUCCGCGUCUUACAAAAGAAGACGCCGUAAACUUUUAAUGAAGAUAGCGACACCGUGCUACAGCGGCAGUGACCGCGUAUCGGUUCACGAAUUUGCCCGUACCUCGACCACACACACGGUGUGACGAAAGGGGGGAUGUAGCGACCCUGUUUUUUUCUUCUAGGUUCUCUUCAUCCGUUUUUUUACCGGUCACGUUCCACACAUUUUCCGGGGGCAAAAACCUUUUUUUUCUGUACCGUUUUUUCAUCACCGCUGUCUUUGAUCUCGAAUACUUCCGGUGGUGGAACGUGUGAGGACAUAUGAAUAAACUGGGAACGCUUCAUCCCCCCUCCUUUUCACGUCAGAGCUGUGAAUCGUUUACAAACUACCGAGAAAUAAAAAUAAAAACUAGCAAAAUGGAACUAAUCUUGUCUCUGAAAGUAUAAAUCAGAAUGUUAAUGAGCAAAUGAAGGGAGUAAAAGCAAGCUGAAGAAUAUAGUAUUUUAACUAUUAAAUAAUAAUUUAUAAACAAAGCUAUUGUGAUUCGAUUUAUUUAAAAAAUAAACCGACUCAUGGAAGCAAUUCUGGAGGAAAGAUGUCAAAAGGUUAUCUUUUUGUGUAACUAAAUCCAUUAUUUUUUUAACUGAAGAAAGAAGCAGAACGACAAGGCAGACGCUAUAAAUAUUCGUGUACCUUCCUUUCCCUCUUUAUAUAUUUUGUAAAUUAUUUUCCUGUUUUUAAACAAAUUAUUUAUUUACAAAGCAAAACAACAAAAGUGAUGCAAAAAGAGCGAAGCAUCCAAGAAUGAAAAGAAAGCGAGAACGAUCAAACUCGCGUACUCUCGCCAAGAGACAAACGAAGAUAAACCGAAAAAGAGAUUUUUAUUCACCCAAUUCCAUCACGCGUGUGUAAGUUUUGUUUCCCAAUAGAGGAAGAAACAACUCAUCGAAUUCAACACAAACAAAAUGGCACCUCAUAAUUCUCGUUCGUUUUUUAUUUGUCGUAAAUUCGUGUAAUCGUACUUCAAAAAAACCAAACUUUUUUUUAUAUACUUGUAUGUACUCCCCCAGAAACCUUUCCUAAGAAUACCCUUCCCAAGACACUCCCCCACCUACCGUGGGAAUGAUUGUCCCAUCACCGGUGGUCUAAUGUAAACAAACGGUAUGACAGUCUUCACUGGUGGAAACUGCAUUUCAUUCUCUAUUCUGACCCUACCGGAGAGGAGCAUUCCCCGACCCAUCAUAUUACCUAAACGCCCACUUAUUAUAGAUAUAAACAUCGGUUAGAUUAUUUGAUAAGAAAGAAACAAUAGUAGAAGGGAAUGGAGAGAUAGAAGAAUAACAUCAAAAAAGCACAUUUUGUGGCAGGACUAUUUUGAUAGAUUUUCAGAACACAGACACACCAUACCCAAAGGCGCGGAUUUUUAAACAAAUGUGAAAUCACAACAAUGUUGAUGGUGGUGAUGAUGAUGGAGAAAUUGUGUAUGUAUAAUUUAUAUCUUAUAAGAUAUCUGAUGAGAGAAAACAAACACAAGAAAAAAACAAGAAACUGCAAUUACAUUUCAUUUGAGAACAAAUGAAGAAAAAAAUAAAAGUUCUUGAUUUAUUUAUAAACUAA